AUGAACCAAAUUCCAGGUGAAUUUCGAACACUAGACAACAAAUCAUUAACGCCAGAAGAAAAACAUCUUUUAGAAUGCCAAAAUCAACGUAUGGUAAGCGAGCACAAAGCGAAUUUACUAGAAAUCCAAGCGAAAAAACACUGGGAUUUGUUUUACAAGAGAAACGAAACAAGAUUUUUUCGGGAUAGACACUGGACCACUAGAGAAUUUACUGAAUUAUUAGACGAAACAAAUCCUCAGCAAGAAAGAGUGUUAUUCGAAAUAGGUUGCGGAGUUGGAAAUUUCAUAUAUCCUUUGGUCAAAGACGAAUUAAACCUGCAAAUAGUUGCAUGUGAUUUAUCACCCAGAGCUAUUGAGUUUGUUAAAAGCAAUCCCUUAUACGACCCUAACAAAAUCAAAGCUUUUGCUUGCGAUAUUACCACUGAAGAAGUCUUUGACAACAUCCAAGAAAACUCUACAGACAUAAUCACUCUGAUAUUUGUCUUAUCAGCAAUACAUCCAGACAAAUAUACCAAAACCUUACAAAACAUUUACAAAAUCCUCAAACCUGGAGGCGUGUUACUUUUUAGAGACUAUGGCCUAUACGAUAUGGCUCAAUUAAGAUUUAAGGCUGGCCAUAAAAUAGCUGACAAUUUUUAUAUGAGGCAAGAUGGCACCAGGAGUUAUUUUUUUUCCACGGAGUCUAUCAAAGAGAUUUUUGAAAGGGUGGGAUUAAAGGUGGUAGUCAAUGAUUACAUGCAUAGGAGAACAGUGAACAAGAAGGAGAAUGUUGAUGUUCCAAGAAUUUUUGUACAAGUUAAAGCUGAGAAACCUGUGUGA